CAUGAAAUCGAUGGUAAACAAUUCAUUGAGGGCCAGGUCAUCAGUGAAACAGUUAAAACGCAAGAGCACGCUUGCUUCUAUUGCAUUGACAAUGUCUCGUACUAAAUAAGUACUCUAAAAGGCGGCGAAAGCGGAAAAUCUCUGAAGAUGAAGUUAGUGAAUUCCCAAUAAGACAUUUCUUCUCCCAGCCACAAGGAAUGGAAAAACAUGUCAAAAAGGAGGAAAAGAAGACACUAAAGUUGGGAGACAAGCUACCAAUGUGUUCCAUGGAUGACUUCAUGGAUAUGUACAAAGAUUUGGGCUGACUAAUUGUUAAUUAUAAGAAAAUUCAUAAUUUACCCUAAGAAUGGCUGGCAACUUAUUCAUUCAUGCAUUCAGAGAUAUAAGCUUGAAAACUCUAAACUCGAGGCUUUUAAGAGAUUUGGAUGCUUCUGUACUUCAAGAUGCAGAUGAGGCUUACAGAGCUGGAAAUUAAAUAACAAUGCAUCGGGUAUUUUCAAAAGCAACUCAAACAAUAUUCAUAAAAUGAUGAAAGAGAUGGAAAGCAACUCUUCGUUUCAUAAAUCAUCGAAUAAGAAUGGCUUCAAGAAGACAGUAAACUUUGCCAAUCUUCCAAGAGAAUCGAGGGUUUUCUUCUCAGAUAUGAUGCUCUAAAAAUCAAUGAUUUAAAAUAAGAAUAGCAGAAGGGCAACUAGGAUUAUGGAAUCCAUAAAGAAUAUGGGCAAAUAUGACCCAGAGAAACCAAGAAUUAAAAGAUACAAACUUAGAAGACAGAACACUAUGAGCUCUGAUAGUCUGGAAAGAGCGAUUGGUAAAGCUACUGGAAGAAAGAGGUGCCGCAUUAGAAAUAGGGCAGAUAUCCUUAGAGCUGCUAGUUUCACGAACAAGUUUACCAAAAGAUUGACUUUUGGAGAGAGGGAUGAAUACGAUCUUGGAGAAAUACCCAUAAUCCAAAUCUCAGGAUCAAACAACACUCCUGAGAACUUUGAGAAUUCAGCUAAUAAGCUGAAAUUUAGAAUAAAUAGUAUGAGGACAGGCUCAAAGGGGUUCCCAUCCUCUAAAGAUCCUUCUAAUUUUGGUAUAAAAUAAGUAUGAUGACAACUCUCUCACAGACAGCAUCUUAGAUAAUUCAAACCGUUCGAGAAGCUCUAAAAUAGCUCCAUUUCUGAACGACAUCAAGGAGAUAAACGAGACUUAUUCAGAGAAUUUUACUAGUGAGAAUUUAUCACCCAUUGAAAAAUCCCAGAAUACAAACUUAAGAAACUCGAGCGCUUCUCGUCUUUUGUCGCUGUCUCAUGGCAGCAAGCAUUCUAAAGCAAAACGACUAAACUUUAUCUCCCCGGAAAGGGAGGUAAGUAAGUUGAAGAUUAAGAAAAUUGAUGGCAAGAAGUUGAUUCAGGAUCACAUCACUAUUCUGGCCCACCAAAUCACACUGUAUGAGGACCAGUUUGAUGAAGCAAAGGAUCACAUCACUUGAGACAAACUACUAGCUGAGCUAUUCAGAUGUUAUAACAAGAGGAUGCACUUAUUUAUUAAAUACAAAUUAAAAGAGCUAGAAUUACUAAACAAAGCUCCUAAGUCCCAAAAAUCAAAGAAAGGAGGUCUUCUUGAGUUGCUGAAUUUAACUAAAAGCCUGGAUAGAGAUAGAAACCAAGAUUGGGAAAUCAAGCUUAAGAAAUUGAAAUCUGUUGUUAAGGAUGAUACGAAUUCUCUCUUUCUGAAUGAACUGAAGAAUAUCGAGACUUAUCCAAGACACUCUUCUCUUACUAAAAUAAUUUCACCAGGGAGGAUCGAUAAGAGAGACAGGCUCAAAGCGCAGCAUGAUAAGAAGCUCUUGAGAGCUCAAAUUCUUCAGAAGUCCCGAGAAAUAUCUAAUCCAAAAUCCAGAGAGACUUUGUUUGAUGUUAUUAUUUCAAAAUCUAAGUUAAGGAAUCAGCGGUUGCAUGCACAAAGCAAAUCUCCAAGUCUGGAAAAGAUCACCCCAGUGUUUACCAAAAAUAGAUAUUUUUCACGCUGAAAUUCACCUCAAAUUCUUCCUGAUUUCUCCUUAUUGAACAAGACGAAAGGCUGUGUUGUUCCUGUAAAGAUGAAGAAACUAGAGCCUUCAAAACUAUUGAAAAUAAGCACACCUUUGUUAAAGAAUUACCUCUGGUCUAAAUAAAGGCGACUCUAAGCCACAAGACUUCAGCUACUGCUCAGGAGAAGAAGAAGUUAAAAAGAGACAAGGAAAUAGCCCAGAAUGAGACAAUAGGAAAAUUGAAAUGGGAAAUAGAAGGUUUGAUGAUAUACGAAGAGAUACAAAAAGAUUUCCAAAGAUUACCAAAUUUUCAGCCCCUGUUCUUUCGAAAAGACCUUAUCACCACAGAAGAGCUUUCUCUCCUCAUCUAGAGUUGAAAGUUUUUGAGAAUAAUAAGAAAGGCAAGGAUUACAAAGAAAGAUACUUCAUUUGUGAAAAAGCCAAAUAAAGAAAAGAUUUAAUUACUUGAAACGAUAUACACGAGACCUUG